CGAGGCGGCGCUGCUGAUGUCACGGGCGGCAGCAGCAGCAGCAGCGGGUCGUGAGCGGCGUGUGAGUGUGUGUUUGUGUCUGUCUCUCUCUGUGUGUGUGAGAGAGUGUGUGAUUGCCGAAGAUGCUGGAGAGGUAGCUGCUCUGACGGGAUGGCCGGAAUCAUUAAGAAGCAGAUCCUGAAGCAUCUGUCCAGGUUUACUAAGAACCUCUCCCCGGAUAAGAUCAACCUGAGCACGCUGAAGGGAGAGGGGCAGCUGUCCAACCUGGAGCUGGAUGAGGAGGUCCUGCAGAACAUGCUGGAUCUGCCCACCUGGCUGGCCGUCACCCGCGUCUACUGCAACAAGGCUUCUAUACGGAUACAAUGGACAAAGUUGAAGACCAGUCCCAUAUGUUUGUUCCUGGAUAAAGUAGAAGUUGAGAUGAGGACCUGUGAGGAACCCCGGCCCCCGAACGGCCCCUCUCCGAUUGCCAUUACUGCAGGUCAAAGUGAGUAUGGCUUUGCUGAGAAGGUGGUGGAGGGAAUGUCUGUGAUCAUCAACUCCAUCACGAUUAAAGUUCAGGCCCGAGCGUUUCACGCCUCCUUCGAGCUCUGGCAGCUCCAGGGCUGCAGUCUCAAUCCCAAAUGGCAGAAGAGCGACCUGCGCUACACACGCAUUACACAUCCUAAGAGAGGAGAGGUCCUCACGUUCAAAGAGAUCAACUGGCAGAGUCUGCGCAUAGAGGCGGACGCCAUCGAGAGUGACGAGCAGGAUCUGGGCAGCACCCCACUGCGCCUCAUUACCAAUCAAGGGCGCAUACGCAUCGCUCUCAAGCGCAGGGUGAAGGACUGCGAUGUCUUGGCCUCUAAGCUGCUGUUUAUCCUGGAUGAUCUGCUGUGGGUGCUGACGGACUCCCAGCUCAAGGCCAUCAUCCACUACGCCAAGUCUCUGAGCGAAGCCAUGGAGAAGUCCGGCCAGCAGAGGAAGAGCAUGGCUGCUGAGACACUACAGACUGCACCUCCCUCUCCUGGGAUCCACUCUCUGUGGACCGAACCUCCUCCACCCGAAGCGGUCGGGACCCCCAGCACACUGGCCCAGUAUUUUGACCUCCACGAUGUCAAGGAAUCAUCCUACCACACUUUCAUCUCCCGACUCGACCUGCAUAUCUGCAACGACAGCUCUUCAGAUUCCGAUGAAGCUCCACCUCCAGGGAUGCAGGGUGCGAUGCAGCUGACCUUUCGGAAGCUGGGCUGUGAUUAUUACCCGUUUCACAGGCCAGGUGAUGGCUGUCGGCACUGGGAGCGUCACUGCGGGGCGAUGGAGUCUCGAGCUCAGUGGGCCGCCAAACUGCUGCUGGAGUUUCAGAGGAGGAUGGAGGAGCUGGGCAUCCCUGGACCACAUUCAGAGCCAAACGUGUCCGCUAAAGACUCUCCCGCCAAAAAGAUCAAGGAUGGAGAAUCAUGGUCCAGUUUCAGUCCUGAUCGUACUCCGAGCUCUCGGCGUACUUCAGCAGCCGUCCCGUCCUCAGGACCCCCGCUGAAGAGGCUUCGCUCCAGCUGUAUGGUGAUCCGCGUGGACGACCUGGACAUCCAUCAGGUGUCCUCUGGAGGCCGUCACAGCAAGAGAACACAGUCUCUUCUCUCCUGCAACCGCAAAUCCUUACACCUCCCAGACAACACUCCUGCGAUUCACCUUCAGUUCACUGAAUACUACUUCCCUGAUACCCCUGGACUUCCUGCACCCUCCUCUAAUCUUUAUGCCCAGCUGAAUGGUCUACAGUUGUAUCUGGACACUCCCAGUGUCUUGUGGAUGACCCUGUUCUCACGGGGUCUACACAAGACGCUAGAUCAGGUCAAAGCUUUCUACCACCUCCAGGACAGCAGCAAGACGGAUGAGCACAUCGAUAUCCGGCUGGAUGCAACACACCUGAAGCUCAUCAUUCCUCUGGAAUCCUCUAUUAUGGAUCACCCGGACCGUCCUCAGUCACUGAGUGUCAGUCUUCCUCAGCUCGUCCUCAGCAACACACGCCACGCUCCUCACGGUUCCCAUUCGGACCUCAACAGCACCUACAGCAGCUUCUCGGUCCGCCCUUUCUUCCGUCCCACGGCGAGCCAACCUUUCCCUCGCGAUCAGAGUGUCCUCCCUCCCCUGCCGUCUGCAUUCCUCCAACACGGUCUAGAAAACGAGUCCCUGUCAUUAGCACACAAACGCCCCUCUCGCUCUCAGGACGUCUGGUCUGUCAGUCUGUCCCGAGUGGCUCUUGGAUUUGAAGGGGCUCGUCGAGGGCCCAGAGGGAAAGCUCUUCCCUUUGUGGAGCCCUUUGCCAUGUCUUUGUGGAUGUGCUGCCCUUCUGCCUUCAAAAAAGACUCUUAUUGUUCGAGUAUAGCUGGCAAUUCAAAAAUCCCCAAUCAAUCCCUCCUAGAUCCACCUCGGGGUGUAAAUGACGUCAUAUCUAAUAAGACUGACCAAAACUCUCCAGUGGCCUCCAUUCAUAUCUUAGCCCAGUCCAUCACUCCUGUCAAAAUGUGGCUCAACCACUACCAGUUUGUAGCUCUUUUGCGGAUGAAGGACUCUCUUACCCGACUAGCUGGAGAUUUGACCAAGGACGUCCAGGGUUUGGGACAGCCUGAACACAAACGGUCAGAUCCCUCUUCAGUUUGUGUCUCAGUCCUGAUGGAGGCGAUAGAACUGGCUCUACUGCUUCCUCCAGCAACAUGCGAGCAAGAAGAAGAAGAAGCCCAUUCUCCUGAGGAAACGGACAGUCCCAGCUUGACCGACUCUGAUCUCUCGCCAUCCCACCAGGCGGGAGGGAAUGAAGAUCAGGAGGAUGAUGCCGAACAAGAGGGUUUGGUAGAGGAGGCCUGUGAAGCUAUUGAAGAAGGCAUGGAUGGACCAAUGGGGCAGGAUGAAACUCGAGCCAUUGUUACUUCCACAUCUCCUCCAAUAUCUCCAGGGAAUCCCACAUUACUGUCCCGUAAUAGCUCAACUUUCAGCUUGGAGGGCGAGCUGUCCAGUGCCCUGACUGCCACCAAAGGUGUCACCAAAGACGCACUCAGCGCCUCCCUGGAUCUCACCAAGGGUGCGCUGUCCAUCACGAAAGAUGCCUUCAGCAUCCUGAGCCGAGGAUCUGGCAUGACUAAACUCUUCGCUCCUCAAAACAAGGAGCAAAGUGCACAGCCGGAAGAGUCCAGUCCCUCCAUAAUGGGAAACCUGCGGCUUCAGUCCAUGAAACAGUCUCCUUCCCAAAACUCCUGUGACAGUGCCGUUUUAGAGGGGAGUCUGGCGGACGAUGGCCUGUCCAUUGAUAGUGACAUCAGUGAAAACUUUGUCAUCCUCAUGGACUCGGAGUCUGGUGUGGAGUCGCUGCGUCCCAAUGGUACGGGUGUCUCCGGCAGCUGUGUGAGUCCAGCUCCAGGAACAGACCUCAGCAGCUCUCUGUCCCAGAGCACAGAAGACAUCGCAGAAGAUAGGGUGUCUGUGUUAGUUCUGUGUCUGAGUCGAAUAGCGUGCCUGACGGAGAAGUGUGGUGAAGAUAUGGUGGUGGCGCUGGAAGCCCAAGAGCUUGAGCCUAAACAGUAUGGCAACCAUAAAGUCACAGACCUGCUGACGGGACAGCCAUUGACUCAGGCCGGUUCUUCCUCUCCGAGUGCUCCUCUGUCUCCCGGGCCCCGGUCUCUCCCCUGUCCCCCAGCAGCGGCCCUCAGGAUGGAGAUGGGACCCCGUGCGGCCAGACACUCUCCUCUGUCUGAGAGCGUGGGCUUCAUAGAAGUGUGCCUGACCGGGUGCAAAGCAGAGCUCCUGGCUUCUACCCUAAACACGCUGGCACCCUUCCUGGAGGACGAGCUCAGCGCAGACCCCCAGCCGAUGAGACUGUGGUUACGGGACACUGCUGUUACACUAAAGGACGAUGGUCCUCGUGUGUACCCGACCGCUCCUCAGCCAGUUCCUGUGCACUUCUCUCUGGACGGUAUUGUGCUGGAGCGUAUGGAUGAUGGGGUCCUCAGCUUGAGACCUGCGCAGAGCCAAUCAGGGAUCGAGACAGACGGGGACAGAGAUCGAGCUGGCCAAUCCUGCUUCAGAGCUGAGGAGGAGAACAAGUCUCUGGAGUCCAGACUCGCUGAUGUCCAGUCAGCUCUCCAGGAAGCUCUGUCUGACCGGGAGCGCCUGCUACAGGAAGUGAUGAAACACAACCCCUCCUUCACCUUAUGAUGAACAAAGGGAAAGAAGCCAGACUUGAGUCCAAACACCUUGUAGAUAAUCCAGAAGAACAAGAGGUUUGGCUCUGCUGACUCGGUUCUCUGCAUUAUUUCAUCUCUUAACGUCUGAGAGUGAAGUCACAUGUCGUCCAGGUCUCUUCAGUCUCUGUCAGUUUCUCUUUCUCCUCUCCUCUUCACCAAGUGACUGAAGUCAGCAGUGGAACGGCACAAUUCAUCAUCUCUUCACUUCUGCUCAGCAUGCUUUUUGCACAUUAGUCAUUAAUAGUUUCAGGACAGGACUGUGUAAAGCUUUUUGGUUUUAUAGAUGAGUCCGAGCUCUGUUCAUAAUCUAGACAGCUCCCACAUGGACGGUAAUGCUGGGCUGACAUUAGUGAUUAACUAAUAUCUUCAUUUUAAACAGCCAAUAUCCAUUGUCCCAUGAAUUGAUCUUUAAGUCUAUGCUAUUUUCUGUUAAUGCGUGAACAAACUACAACAGCACAUCUAACAUAAGUAUGCACCCGUGCAAAUACAUAAAUCGAAACAAAUCAGUAUAAACUGCAUUGGAUUGGAACUGAAUUGAAUCUAGAGCGCACUUUCAGAGGAUGUGACUUUACACCCCAGAUCAGUGUCCUGUGCGUCUAGGUUUCUGAACAGAGCUGUGGGUUUGAUUGAGUACUGUGUUUCUUAUUGGCUGUAUCAGUGUGUGAAGUACAGCUGAUGUGUGUGUUCUUCAUGAAAGGAGCUGAAGCAAAAGCACUUUGACGUUAAUGCACUGUAUAUAUCACAGUUUUUAUCCGAGGUUGAGUGUAGAAGAGAUGGUACUUGUACUCCCCAACACAUGCUCCGAGUCACUGCACUGAGACAUCACCUCCAGUGUAGGAUCACCGUUCUCAAGCCGUACACGUGAAGUGAUCGUAGAGAAACAUUAAUAACAGUGCUGAGUGUGUGCACAGGUACUUCACUUUGAUUCAGUAUUGCUGUGCUCACUUGUGUCCAUGUAACACACAUUCUGUCGAGACUUAUGACAUUGUAAACUGGGUUAUUUCAUGAAAAACAUUAGUUUUCUUUGUCAUAGUCUGUUACACUAAAUAAGUCACUUUGAGACAUUGCACUACUCUAUAGAGUUUAAUUAUGAAUGUGUAUGCAUAUGUGUUUGAACUUUAUUGGCAUGCUAUGGUUUCUCUUGACUGGAUGUCUAUUAACAAGUACAUCAAUGCAUUAGACAACUUUUAUGUUUUAUGUCAACAAUAAUGGAAGUGAUAUAACUUUUAUGGUUGGAUUUAGUUUAGUUUUUUUUAGUUUUUUUAGGAUGAUGCAUUGCAGUUUUUAUUAUUAUUUACAAAGCGUCCUUUCUAACCCCCUUUUAAAGUGUUCAACUAUGAUUUGUGAUGAAAGGAUGACAUGACAAGUGUUUCUGUGUGAUGUCCCGUACAAAAAUCGAAUUGAACUACAGGUGUUACAGCAUUUUGACACAUUUCUGAUGUGUGCUGUGAUGUUUAGGACUGUCACGAGACGCAUUUUUGAGGUAAAUCAGUAUUACGAGGCAUGAUGUUUUAUAGGAAACAUCUAAACGGAUGUGUUUCCUCUUGGCCUGUGUGUGAUCAGCAUCUCUCUCAUUCUUCAAAUGUUUGGAUCAGCCAGUGUCCGGUUAUUUACCAUGAUUUUGAAAGUGCUUUUUCUGUUUCUGUAGAGCUCCGGUGUCUCAUCGUGUCUCUGUGCUCCAGCUUUCAGUACAAUGUGUAGCAAACACUAAACCAUCUCUGUUAGUGAACCAAGAUAUUCCUGUCUUCCAAGAAAACGGUUACAGUAGUCUAAGCUAAAGACAUUUUCCUGUAGAUUGUAGAAAUGGAAAUAUUAUUCAUACGAUCAAAAAUAAUUUAAUUCAGUGCAUGGAAGAAAAAGAAGAAAAGCUCUUUUUUUUUUGUGUUAAAUGCAUGACUUUACUUGAAAUCUUUCAUAAGUGCAACAUCAUCAAGCUCACAGAUUGUUGAGUGAGGUUUUUUAUUUGAUUUUAUUUAAGGGUCAUUAUUACAGUAGUGUACUGUUGAUGAGUAUUGCCUGUGAUCAGAAUAAGAUAUGGUGAAUCUAGACCUGAUUUCACUCAUUGUAUUGAUUGUUUUAGUUGUGUAGGUGGUACUUAGUUUAAUUCUUCUAAUUCUGUGAGUAUAGAUGAAUCAUUAUUUGUCCAGUACAAUGAAUGUUUUGUUCAGCGUGGAUCAGAACGAUUGGUCUGCUCAUCUCGGAAUGAAAGUUGCUCGCGUUAAUGUUGUGCGAUAUAUUUGUAAGAAACGGAAACAUCCUUACAUAAAUGCUCAUUUCAUUUUUCAGUUUCAGACAAGAACUCGGUGUCUCAGAUUGUGCUCAUAUUCUCUAAGAUACCAAAGUCUGUAAUCAGAAGUCAGAGAUUUCAAUAUAAAUUUGACCAUUUCACAUCAAAAUUCACCAAUUGAUCUGAGCUGCCAUCCAUAUUCAUAUUACUGUCAACAGUUAUCUCUAUUUUAUCAAAGGGAUAUUUAGAGAAAAUGCUUAUAAUUGCAUAAAUAUGGAUUCAGAUGGACACCUGGUACUCGUGUCUUAUCCAGAGUAAGGCCGGAUGUGUGGUGAAUGUUUUAUGCAGCAGAUACAAUAUAAGAUUAUCAGGUUCAUGAGAAGUUUUGAAUUGUAGAAUUGAGUUGUGCUUGGUUAUCUGAUGUCUCUUAUGGUACGUAUCCGUCACUGUUCAUGUCCUUCUGACCUGCUAUGGUUGAAAUUCAAGGGUUACGUUUGACCUUUGAUCUCUUCAUGACCAUAUUCUAAUGUAAAUUCAUAUUUCUAUCACCACCAUUAAAGUCUUGGAACAAAACAUUACAACAAAACUAAUAUUUUGUUGGUUCUGUGAACCAUAACUGUAUUAUAUGUCAAGACCAGUGAUGAUCAAUAAAAUGUUGUUUCUUAAAGUUGAA